GAACGACUCUGGGAAACACGUCCUUCUUUCACAGCGCUCUUAGAACGCUCCUAAGAAGCUCUUAGCGCUUAAGAGCUUCUUAACGAAUCUGGGAAACCCGGCCAUUUGCUGUUCUCACUCAUCUCGCUAAUGUUAACGGGCUAAAGGGACAAUUCAUUAACUUAGCUUCAACCCUUACGACGAACGGGGCCCAGUCCUGUGAUUAUAUUGGCACACAUUUGACAGGCAUUGCCUGAAUAUUGGGCGAGACAAGAUUACUUAUGUUUUUAUUUGUGUAGUGUUGGGUUUCACAGUUUGUGUAACGUGACGGCUGCAAGAAAUUUGUACAAAGAGGGCGCACCAAAUGGAAGACUCCAUUGAGGUCAUUCUUCAGGAGGAGAAAUUCUCCAGGAGCCCCCCUGGGAGUCAGAACAGCCCCACCUUGACAGCCCUCACUGGGGCACUGCUCAUAGGUGGCUACUGUGUGUGGAGAAUGUUCAUGCUGCCUGGCGCUCGCAAAAUCCCAAUCGGCCUCAAGGUGCCUUACCUGCCCUCCAGCACAGCUCAGACUCUGAGCGUCAUGAAGCUUUUGGAGGGAAGAACAGGUCGGCUGGCUGAUCUGGGGUCGGGAGAUGGGAGACUGGUGUUCGCUACCUCUUCGGUUGGUUUUCAGUGUACUGGGUAUGAGAUCAACUCCAUGCUGCUAGCCUUUUCCAGAUGCAAGGCCCACUGGACAGGGGUGCCAGCCAGCCAAGCCACCUUUGUCAACAAAGACUUCUGGAAGGCUGAUCUAUCAAGCUACAAGAAUGUGACUGUGUUUCUUGCACCUGGAGUGAUGGAGAUGUUGGCUGAGAAGUUGCUAAGAGAACUCGCUGAUGAUGCCCGUGUCGUCGCAUGUCGGUUCCCCUUCUCCCAGUGGCCCAGCCACGCAUCCUCAGGCAGCGGCUUGGACCAGGCCUGGGCCUAUGACAUCAACACUGUACGCCUAAAACUGAACCCAAGAGGUCAAGUAUGAAAGUCUUUGAAUGGCAUUCUCCUAUACACUCCUCUCCUGAUUAGAAGCAUCAUCGAUGUUCCUUUGCAGAUCCAACAAGAAGAUACGUGUGCAUGUGGUCACGUAUGAAUUCUGCCUCCUGCUUGAGUUUCUCCAAUUUAAUUCAUUUGAAAAUAUUUCUUACAACUGACUAGUUCCCUUUUCUCAACUCCAUACGAUGCUCAGCUCCCAAAUAGACCAGUUUUGAGCCACUUUGAUAAUGGAUGUAAAAACAUUUUAUGAAUAAAAUGGUAGCCAUA